UCAUUCCCUGCGAACAGGGAAGAGCGGGUUUAGCUAAGAAAAUGAUAAGGUCAUUUUGAAUUACCAGGAGCUCCAGUGAGUCCGCCGUUUCCACAUCAUACAUACACAUUCAGGGAGAAAAGAAUAUAUAUCCAAUCAAUUAAUAAUAAUAAUGGAGCAGGUGAAGCGGCGACGGAUCCCAGCGCGAAUUGAUUUAUAAAUAAUAAAGGGAGGUUCGGUGAUAAUCUGAUCAAGGUGGGGGAUUGGACGGAGAGCCGGUGCUGACACAUCGGGACGGACUGCGGAGGCACACGAGGCGAGGGUGAAGAUCUGGACAGAAGGUGCAGAAGGAGAACGUAUAAGGGUUCCACUCCAGCAACUUAACAAGAAUGUUGCGGCUGGCGUGUACCACCAUCCUGCUGUUCGUGCUCAGGUUGCUCCUGGCUUUGCCCUGGCUUCAGGUUCUUCCUGCCAUCCUCAUCUUCUUUCUGGGAACAGGAGGAUGGAACUCUCUGCGUGUCUUCAUGAAGACCAUCGGCCGAGACCUGCAUGCAGCCGGAGUUCUGCUGAAAGUGAAGCUGAACGUGAAGAGACACCUGCGCCAACAUAACACCAUCCCCAAGAUCUUCUCUGAGACGGUGCAGAAGUACGGAGAGAAGACGGCGCUGAUCUUCGAGGGCACGGGAGAGCACUGGAGCUUCAGACAGCUGGACGAGUACUCGAACCGCGUGGCCAACCUGCUGCUGCAGCGCGGCUUCAGGGAGGGAGACGUGGUGGCUCUGUUCAUGGAGAACCGCUCGCAGUACGUGGGCCUGUGGCUCGGCAUGGCCAAGAUCGGCGUCGAGGCGGCGCUCAUCAACUUCAACCUGCGUCUGGAGGCCCUGGUGCACUGCAUCAACAUCUCCAACGCCAAGGCCGUGGUGUUCGGCAGCGAGCUGACAGACGCGCUGUGUGAAGUGCACAACUCCAUGGGGAAAACAGUAAAGCUUUUCUGUUCUGGUGAUUGGGAUCCCAAACGUGUACCCGAAGGAACCGAGUGUUUAGAGCCCCUCAUUCAGGCCACACCCACAAACAAACCCAGCCAACCACAACGCAGCUUCACCGAUCGUCUCUUCUACAUUUACACAUCUGGAACCACUGGACUGCCCAAAGCAGCCAUUGUCGUCCACAGCAGGUAUUACCGUAUGGCUGCUCUGGUGUAUUACGGGUUCAGGAUGAGGUCUGAGGACGUGAUGUAUGACUGUCUCCCUCUUUAUCACUCUGCAGGAAACAUCGUGGGCGUCGGUCAGUGUCUGAUCCACGGCAUGACCGUCGUCAUCAGGAAGAAGUUUUCAGCGUCCAAAUUCUGGGAGGACUGUAUCAAAUACAACUGCACGAUUGUGCAGUAUAUCGGUGAGAUCUGUCGGUAUUUGUUGAACCAGCCGGUGCGGGACGUGGAGCAGCACCACCGCGUGCGCAUGGCGCUGGGGAACGGACUCCGGCAGUCCAUCUGGGAGGAGUUCAUGCAGCGUUUCAACAUCCCGCAGAUCGCAGAGUUCUACGGAGCCACAGAGUGUAACUGCAGCCUCGGCAACUUCGAUAACAAGACGGGUGCAUGUGGCUUUAACAGCAGAAUCCUGCCCUACGUCUACCCCAUCCGUCUGGUCCGCGUGGACGAGGAGACCAUGGAGCUCAUCAGAGGACCAGAUGGAGUGUGUAUACCAUGUGGUCCAGGUGAACCGGGGCAACUGGUGGGCAGAAUCAUCCAGAACGACCCCCUGAGACGCUUCGACGGCUACGUAAACCAGUCCGCCACCAGUAAAAAGAUCGCACACAGCGUCUUUAAGAAAGGGGACAGUGCGUACCUGUCAGGAGAUGUUCUGGUGAUGGACGAGUUCGGCUACAUGUACUUCAGAGAUCGCACGGGAGAUACGUUCCGCUGGAAGGGUGAAAACGUCUCCACUACGGAGGUGGAGGGAACACUGAGUCGCCUGCUGGACAUGAAGGACGUGGUGGUGUACGGCGUCGAGGUUCCAGGCGCAGAAGGGAAAGCCGGGAUGGCGGCCAUCGCAGAUCCAGACCACACCACAGACCUGGAGAAGUUCAGCAGGGAGCUGGAGAAGGCGUUGCCCCCGUAUGCCCGCCCGGUGUUCCUGCGGUUCCUGCCUGAGGUCAACAAGACGGGAACCUUCAAGUUCCAGAAGAUGGAGUUACGCCGUGAUGGUUUCGACCCCACCGCGAUGUCCGAUAAGCUCUACUUCCUGGAUUGCACUAAAGGACGCUACGUGAACCUGGACGCCGAACUUCACCGUAACAUCGCUUCGGGAAAGCAAAAGUUAUAAAGAAACCACAGCCGACUCCGCCCACUUCCUCAACCCUCUCUCGUCAGACCAACCUCCAAAGGAAACCACGCCCCCUUGUUACCUCAGCAACUACAGUAAGGGGCAGCAGGAACGUUCAUCCUCCCGGCUCGCUUGUCUCUCCAUCCAUCCCGAGGUGCCCCACCGUCGCCCUCCUGUGGGCAGGACAACGCUCACAAACC